CUUCCCUUCACUAAAUUCACUUCCUCCUUCCAAAUCCAAUGGCUAACGACGACGUUUUCCCCUUCCUCCCUCUUUUCCUCUUUCUCAUUCUCACUUACUUCAUUUGGUUCCAUUUCCUCGCCCGUAAACUCACCGGUCCAACCGUCUGGCCGCUCAUUGGCAGCCUCCCGGCUCUCAUCUCCAACCGCCGCAGCCUCCACGACUGGAUCGCCGGGAACCUCCGCGCCACAGGCGGCGCUGCCACUUACCAAACUUGCACGGUAGCACUUCCCUUCAUUGCUAAAAAACAAGGAUUUUACACUGUCACCUGCCAUCCUAGAAACAUCGAGCACGUGCUUCGAACCCGGUUCGAAAAUUACCCGAAAGGACCGGAUUGGCAAGCGGCUUUUCACGAUUUGUUAGGCCAAGGGAUUUUCAAUAGCGACGGAGAAAUUUGGCUGAUUCAACGGAAGACGGCGGCGCUUGAGUUCACCACGAGGACCCUCCGGCAAGCGAUGGACCGGUGGGUGAAUAGGACGAUAAGGACACGGUUGUGGUGUAUAUUGGAGAAAGCGGCGGAGUAUAAGACGGCGGUGGAUUUACAGGAUUUGUUACUCCGAUUAACAUUUGAUAAUAUUUGUGGACUGACUUUUGGGAAAGACCCACAAACAUUGUCGCCGGAGUUGCCGGCUAACCCGUUUGCUUUGGCGUUUGAUACCGCCACUGAAGCCACUCUUCAGCGCCUUCUUUACCCUGGUCUUUUAUGGAGGUUGGAGAAGGUUUUGGGCAUUGGAAUGGAAAGAAGGUUGAAGAAGAGUUUGAAAGUAGUUGAAGAAUACAUAAACGACGCCGUUGCAGCCCGUAAUAAAGAAUCUCCCUCCGACGACUUAUUAUCCCGCUUCAUGAAGAAACGCGACGACGACCGCUUCUCCUCCGCCGUCCUCCACCGUAUUGCCUUAAACUUCGUCCUCGCCGGUCGUGACACCUCUUCCGUGGCGCUCACCUGGUUCUUUUGGCUCGUAAUGAACCACCCACACGUGGAGGAAAAAAUCCUCUCUGAAAUCUCGACCGUCCUCCGCCAGACACGUGGCGACGACAUCCGCCGUUGGAUCGAAGAGCCGUUGGUAUUCGACGAAGCCGAUAAAUUGGUGUACUUAAAAGCCGCGUUGGCUGAAACGCUGCGUUUAUACCCUUCCGUACCGGAGGAUUUCAAGUAUGUCGUGGCUGAUGACGUGUUACCAGAUGGUACUUUCGUGCCAGCUGGUUCGACCGUGACGUAUUCGAUUUAUUCUGUUGGGAGGAUGAAGAGUAUUUGGGGGGAGGAUUGUACGGAGUUUAAACCGGACCGGUGGUUGUCUCCGACCGGAGACCGAUUCGAGGGGCCUAAAGAUGCUUAUAAGUUUGUGGCGUUUAACGCUGGACCGAGGACUUGUUUGGGCAAGGAUUUAGCUUAUUUGCAAAUGAAGUCCGUUGCCUCGGCCGUACUCCUUCGGUAUCGGCUAUCUCCAGUUCCCGGCCACCGGGUGGAACAGAAAAUGUCUCUUACUCUUUUUAUGAAGAAUGGACUUCGGGUUUAUUUACAUCCUCGUCGGCUCGGCUAAGAGGAGUGUUUUCGUCAUUUCAUUGGAAUUCCUAUUUCUGUUUUCUCAUAAUAUUUGCUUUUCAGUGUACGUUAAAAAAAAAAGGGUUUGGUUCGUUUUUUUUUAAACUGCACAGGGUAAAUGUGUCAUUUUGUUUGUGGUCAUGAGGGGUAUAAUUGUCAAUGUGUUUGUCCAUUUUGUUUUAGUUUUUUGUUGGUGGUUAAAUUGGGGAGUGGAAGUGUUUGUAAUUUGUUGUAUUUGGUAAAUUGGUGGAUCUUACAUAUACAUACAUAAAAUUUAUAUUAAUGCCAAAUUAUAUUAAGUGAAAGAAGACUUUAUGUA